UCCUUUUCACUCUUUCCUGCCUUUCUUCUCUCUAACCUUCCCUCUUCCACUCCACAUCUGGAGGGGUUCUGGUGCAGCUGUUUGACUUCUCGCCUGCUAUGGGACAGCCUGUGGUGGGACCACUCACACUUCAGUGCUUCUCAGUGAAACGGGGCAGGACAAAUCAGCAGUGGACAUGGACCUUCUGAAGCCUUUCAUCCUGCAGGCCCUGAGUGUGAUGCUCUUGGCUCUGGUGUUGGUGCGCUGCCAGACUCUUCUUCAACCAGAGGAAGAACAGGAAGACGAGCUGGGGAAGGACGCUGACAACACAACAGCAACAGCAAUCGAAUGUCCUCUGGACUGCAGCUGCACAGCAGAGGGAGCAGUGGACUGUGCGGGAGUGGACCUCACAGAGUUCCCCGAAGAGCUGUCUGAGAAAACCAGGCAGCUUUCUCUUCAGAACAACAAGAUCAAAAAAAUAACAGUGGAGCACAUUUCUCAUCUUCAUCAGCUUGAAACCCUCAACCUCCAGAACAACUGGCUCACCACCGACGGUCUUGAAGAUGAAGGGUUUGAGAUGCUCGAACAGUUGGCUUAUUUAUACUUGGCAAAUAACAAGCUUACUUCAGCACCAAAGGUCCUGCCGCCCUCGUUGGUUAGUACUGAUCUUGCUGCUAAUCAGCUCACAAGAAUCUUCCCAUAUACAUUUGGCCACAAGCCAAAACUAAGGUCUGUGUACCUCCACAACAACAAACUGAGUGAUGCAGGACUUCCUGAAAACAUGUUCAACGGCUCCAACAACCUGGAGAUUCUCACCAUGUCCAGCAACUUACUGCGACUUGUUCCCAACAACCUGCCCUCUAGUCUGUACCGCCUUCAUUUAAAGAGUAACAAGUUGGAGAAGAUACCAGCUGGAGCUUUGGACAACCUGCAAAACCUCAGAGAAUUGUAUCUCCAGAACAACCUGCUCAGCAAUGAUGGGAUGGAUAGUGAGACUUUCAGCCAACUGACUAGCCUCGAGUAUCUCGAUUUGUCAAACAACAACCUGAGUGUUGUUCCCAAGGGUCUGCCUCGAAAUCUUUUGCUGCUACACUUGGAGAAAAACUCUAUUCAGAGCAUCCCUGGAGAUGCUCUCACAUCUGUAAAGAACCUCGAGUAUCUGCUCCUUCACAAUAAUAAGCUCCGCUCACGCUCUAUUCAUCCUAUGGCCUUCCAGGGCUUGAAGAAGCUUCACACUCUUCACAUGUACAAUAACUUGUUGGAACGCGUUCCCAGGGGCUUGCCUCGACGAGCGAAGACCCUGAUGCUGCUCCACAACUUCAUUGCUGAAAUUGGCCGAAACGACCUCGCUGUGCUGUACACCCUGACCGAACUAAAUCUCAGCUACAACAAGCUGACCAACCCGAGGUUACAUCACGAGGCCUUCAGGAAGCUGCGCGUGCUGGAAACUCUCGACCUAUCCGGGAAUGCCCUUCAGACGGUGCCCACGGGUCUCCCUCGCAGUCUGAAAGUUCUUGAAAUCAAGAACAAUCAGCUCAGUUCAAUACCAGACGGUGCUCUGUCGGGCAUGGAGAGGUUACAGAAGUUGGUCCUCAGUGAGAACAAGCUAAAACUCAACUCAGCCUACCAGGGAGCCUGGAUGGAACUCAGUGCACUCACAACACUGGACUUGUCUGGAAACCAGCUAACACACAUUCCAUCUGACCUGCCUGAGUCUUUGGAAUACCUUUACCUACAAAGCAACCGCAUCUCCAGUGUUCCUGCUUCAGCUUUUGAAAACACUCCAAACAUCAAAGGCAUCUUUCUUCGCUUUAACCACCUGUCUGUGCACUCCAUAGAUGAAAGCUCUUUUGCACAUCUGGUCAACCUGCAAGUGCUGGACUUCGGUACAGGAAACACAGAGAUUUCCUUUAAAAAAGAGGAAAUGGAGGUGGAUAAGAUGGAGGAAGAGGAGGAGGAGGAGGAGGAGGAAACAUAAAACACUCUCCUGCAAACAGACUCUGAACUGCAUUUUUUUGUCAAGAACAACAACAAAAAAAGAAGUUUUUAAAGGCGACUGUACCUCUGAGUUCUGUUUCCCACUGAGGCACAGUCAGGUAUAUUCUGGUGCAGGUUACUGGACGAAAUAACUUUCCAUUGUGUAGGAUGCUUAGUAUUGUAUAUCUUUAAUAUUUGUAUUUGAUGCUUGUCAUGCAACAAAAUGAUGUUUGCUGUGCCUUAACAUACAUGAGAUUGUUUUAGCUCAACAACAAUAAUGUGAGAAAUUCUGGCCUCCCAUAUUUUAAAUAUAUUUUGAGUUGCUGGGAACCAUUUUUUCUUUUAUAAUACCAUGUUUGAAUUUCAAUGGAAACACUAAAGCCACAGUAACCUGGUGAAGAAAAGCAUCCUGCAGUUCAUUAUUGUUGAAUGCCUUCUUAAUGACAACCUAAUUACACACUAGAACAAAAUCUUUUCUCUUUCUGUUGCAGCAGAUUGAACAAAAUCAACCAAAAGACAGAAAGAUUUAGUUUAUAACGACAAAACCGGGACUUUAUCCCUGCUGAGCUUGAGAGCCACAGUUCUAAAAAUAAUUUUAAAGAGACUUGAUCCAGUUUUCUGGAUAAAACUGCCAUCCUAUUUGUAAAUGUUUACUGCCUGUCAUUGCAGACAAAAGGCAACAAUGUUUUACUUAUGUUCCUGCGGCGUUGGCGAGAUAUCUCUUCGACAGCUAAAUGAAUUUUAAUGAAACUCUUGGAAAGUAAUCAUUAUGAGUAUACGUAAAACAAAAUGGCUUUUAGAGUCAAUUCAAGAUGGCUGCCACAGCUGUGUGACCUCAUCAAACAGAAAAACGGCUCAUAUAAUCCAGCCGAUCGUACAAAUAUUUGGUGUGGAAGAAGCUAAAAUUGAUACUCAACACAAAUUCUACAUAUAAUGCUAAAUAUUGUAGCAUAAAACUUUGUCAUUAACUGUCGUUCAAUCUGUCUGUUAGCUAAAUUUCCCAUGAACCACUUAAUGGAUUUUAAUAAAACCCCCAGGAAAUAGCUCUUUGAUGUAAAUCAAUUACCCCAACUCAAGAUGGCUGCCACAGCUAAUGGACAUUGGCCAUCACAACAUUAGUUAUUACUCAGUCAGUUUAACAGAUCUUGAGCUCAAAUGUUGGUGUGGUAGUAACUGAGAGUCAUUCUUAGCACAUUAUCUGAGGUCUAAGACAUCUUGUAUGAGCUCACAUGUGCUGGGUGUUAUGACCAAAAAUUUACAUCACGUUAUUUUGAACAAUUAUACCAAUAUUGUGGUAUUUGAAGGUAUCUUUUAUUUUCAUGCUGGUAGUACCUCUGGCAAAUGCAUCUGCAAGACAUGUUUGACUCAAGUGUCCUGAAGCUCUUCCACUUUUUGGAUAAGGAGGGAUUAAUGUUGUUUGAUUAACAUCCGAGCUUUUAAAGCCAUAGUUUCACUCAACAGAAACUUUCCCUUUCAGGCACAAGUUCUUCUUGAGCAUCACCCUCGGCUGUUGAGUCUACCGCUUCUCUUUCCAUCUUUUCUGUAUCUCUACCACGCUCACUACCUCUAACAAUGGCUGUGUCCAAAUUCAAGGGCCACGAAGGCUGAGUUUGUCGAUCGCUUACGUCACCGCACCGCGCCGAAGGCUGCCCAAAUUCGAAGACUCCUCCAACGCGGCUCACAAAUGCACCCUCCCUUUUCCUUGAUUUGAAGGACCGCUUUAAACCUUCAAUUUUUAUACUGCCAGAUUUUUAGUUAAAAUUGUAUUCCUUUCCCGCGGUUUGUCCACCAUUACAAGCAAACGAAAAAAGUCACCGGUCAGCCUGCAAUGCAUCAUGGGACAGGGGAAGGAUCCACCGGACCCAUCACUCAAAUCUGGGGAAAAGAAGGACACAUUUGUGGGAUGCAUCGGAAGAAUCUUAGAAUUUGGACAGCCUUUGGUGCGGCACAGUGAUGUAAGCAGCCGACAAGUUCGGCCUUCGAUCAAAGCAGCUUAAAUCGUCCAAAUUCAUGGCCACUUUCUUUCUGUCUUUGAGGUCGACAAAGGAUCCGGACCAGGUAGAUCGGGUCCUUUGAAAGGUGCAGUCCCUGAAUCUGGACAGAGCCAAUGACACCAGCUGCUUUAUUUAAUGCAUGUGCUUCAACGUUGCAGCAAGCCAAAAUGUCCACCGUGAGACAGUUCAAUGGCAGCCGCAAUGUGCUGAAUGUUGCUCAGGCUAUUUACACCUGUAUGCAGGUAUACAGAAAAUUAACAAUGUAACAAAAAUAUAGAUAUAAAAUGUUUUUGGGGUAGGAACUUGUAUACUGCCCAGCUCUAGUUUAUGUUUAACAUCAUUUACAAUGUUUGACCAAAAAAUAAAAAGGCUAUAACUGUCAUUACUCAGCAUAAAAGAAGGCAUUGGCGAUAUGCAUUUCUUUAAGGAAAAUUAGACCUUUAUUUUUUAAAUCUCUGGCAAAGUUUGCUUGUCAUUAGGUGGAAUACACAUUCAAAGUGCUUUCUGAAAUUCUCUUGUGAACAUUCUAAGCUGUGUUAACCUGAUAUGUUUCCACUGCACCAGGUGUAACAAGUGGAAACUGUGAUGAAAGCGUUUCUGUUCUUUAACAUGCAGUGAAACAGGUUCUUAAACAUCAUAUAAAACAUAUUAAACAUGUAGGAUGAGAUGAACUUACUCUAAAUUCAGGUUUUGAGAUGAGAAUGACCGUGUUGUUAGCAGAAACCUAACAUUCCUGCAGUGCUGUUUGUGUGCAUGUUCUGUCAUUGUGUUUCUGUUUUAAAAUUCCAAACAAAAAGCACUGCCAUCACAUUAGAAGCUUCAGUUUAUGUUGCAGCUGAUCCUUCAAUCCACUCCUGUGUAUCACAGAAACAGUAUUUUUAAAACAUUGUAAAAUAUUCACCUUCAAACAUUCACUGUAUUGAAAUGAAUACAGUAAUCACAUCCAGUAAUAUUGUAUUGUCACGUACAGUAUACAUUCACUGAAUAAUAAAGCAAUAAAUUAUAUAUAUAAAAAAGAAA